UCUCGCGGCAAUGUGGUGGUUAACUGUGUGACCACAGCGAACAGGGCAAAACCCCUGUUGCUAGAAAUACCCAAGAUCAGGUUUUUUCUUAAAAACUGCUCGAAAGCUUGCGAAGGUGCUAAUCUCGUAUUUGAAGGAACCUCUGGCAGUCUGUCGGUAACCGUAGCUACCGUCAGUUGUUUGCGGGAUCAUAUUGAUUUUGUCGAUCUUGAAUAUACAUCACGAUGGGCGAGCUUCGAUUCCAUUCCGCAGUGUUUCGUGCCAUAGCAGUGGUGUGCUGUGUGGUUGGAGCAUCCAGCUACCUUUUUCCAGAGAGAGCAUCUGAGCUAGAAGCGUUAGAUACGCUCGUACCAAAUGUGGAACGCAGUGUUAAAGAUUGUCCGUACACCAUCUACCAGCACGGAGGAUUCGCUUUGGCCAGCUCAAUAUUCGUUGAUCGAUACGUUGACAAAACGUACAGCCACACGGUACGAGUACAGUACGGUGAGGUGACUUGUAUCGGCCUGAUCGUGGACGAAUCGCACGUUCUAACUACGGCGGACUGUACGUCGUCGGAGGAGAACACACUGCCAGAGAUUAAACUUACCAAUCAAACACUGCCCUUGAUUAGCGCGAUCGAACAGUUUCCUCACCCCGAGUAUAAUGUAACGCUGCUUCGGCUGAACGAAUCCAUCACUGUUACACGUUUAGCAGUACCUGCAUGUUUUUGGGACACUUCGUUUGAGGAUGGAUUCGAAAAGAUUCAACUAAUAGACCUUGCAUCUAAUGGUAGUUUGAAGCUGGAGGAAACCAAAUGUACUUUCCAAAAUCGUAAAGAAUGUUUAAUGGCUCUGCUCAAAACGGGUGGAGUACUACAAACCCGUGCCAUUGCUAAGUAUCGUAUGCAUCCGUUCGUGUUCACCUUCGGAUCGGACGAUGAAGGUUUAGCUUUACCUGUGUUAAACUACAUUCCCUGGAUGGAAGAAGUGCUCGGAUACAAAAUUCUACCAUCAGAAUGUACCUCGAAGUAUAGUGAUUUCCGUGACUACGAGGACUCGAUGGCUUCUAGGAGCGAUGAUUACGUGCAGGUCCAAUACUCCAAGAGUCGAUUGUCGAACACUUACAUCGAGCAAUACAAAGUACGUAUCGUUCCGAAAACAUCCGAAACGGGAUCGAAGCGGCACUGCUAUGGCUCGCUUAUAGCACCAAAAUUUGUUCUAACUGCUGCCAACUGCUUGCGAAAAUAUGAAGUCGAUGGCUAUACCAUUGAAAUGGGUCAGUAUAAUGUUUACUACCCGGUGCGAGAAAACUCGAUUCGGGUUCGAACGGAAGCAAAAAAAAUACACUAUCACCCAGAGUUUGAUGCAGCUACCCUAGCGAAUGAUAUUGCGCUGCUGGAAAUAGUGAAGCCUCUUUACACAUUUAACAAAACGGUUCUGCCAGCAUGUAUCUGGCCGUGGGACAAGCUGCCAGUCGAUGAGUACCAAACGAAUGGAUAUGUGCCGUUUAACGAAAGCGAUGAUGAGUCCGUUCGCACGAAUCAGUUCUUCGCUACGGCCAAUGUGUACGACGAGUGCUUGGAAAAGGCGCCACAACAUCAGUUAUGUGCCGGAUUCCCGACGGCGCUGGCACCAAACAGUUGCCACAACAGCGUUGGAUCUGCCAUGUCUCGAACACUGUACGCGCUUGGUCGUUAUUUCGACUACAUCUUCGCGAUCAACAGCAAGGGAGAAAAUUGUGGCUUUAAUCUGCCGACCGUGUACACCAAAAUAGCACCGUACGUGCAGUGGAUCGAUAGUAUUGUUCAUGCAACUAAAGUUCAUUACGAAGACGAUACCAAGUACUAUGGAGAUCGCUGUCAGAAUGACAACGGAGCUGAAGGUACCUGUGUUAGUCUGCGAUACUGUCCGAAGCUUGACCAGGAAGCUAAGCAGGGUAAGCCGGUUAGCCCAUCGUCUUCGUGCUCGUUUGGCAAGCAGAAUGAGAUGGUUGUGUGCUGCACGGCUGAGAAUGUGUUACGAGACGAGGAACAUCGUGAGCAACUAGCGCAAGCGAUCGAGGAGAUUGCCAGUUGUAAGCAUCUGUACCAUGAGUUUAGGAAAAACAAGUCUCCCUACGAUGUGGAUAACUUCCCAACCUAUCCGUACAUGGCUUUUAUCCAAGGCAGUGGCGAACGAUCGUGCAACGGUACCCUGGUUGCUAAGCAAUUCGUCCUAACUACAGCUUCUUGCUAUCAAAGCAUAGCCCAGGAUAACGUUACGGUUGUGUUGGGCAAUAGUACGCUGCAAACUAUCGCUAUCCAGCGCACAUUCAUGCACCCGGAGUACAGCAACGUAUCGACAGAGUUUAAUCUGAUACUGUUGAAGCUAGCUACGGCGGCUACGGUCAACAAUGAAACUAUCCCUGCAUGUUUAUGGCAUAACCAGACACAUACACCUUUGAGAUUGGAGGAAGUGUACAUUGAAGGAAAAGAAAAAGUAAAACAUCAUCAGAACGCUUUCCCACUGUAUAACGAGGCAUGCCUGAGAAUGGAUCCCGGUUCUAAUGUGACCGGCCUGCAGUUGUGUGUGGAGCACGACAGAAAGUACUAUCAGCGUUCUGUAUUCUUCCAAGAGGAUGCCGGCAAUGCCCUAGUAAGCCAUUUUGCACAGGGAGUCAACGAAUAUCAAGUGACCUAUCUGGUGGGAAUGUAUGGUUCGGGUCGUAUAGUUCAACAAACCGAUGGCGAUGAGGAGGAUAGAAACACAUUUUACCAUAUUUACCAGCGAAUUAGUGAGUCCUAUGGGUGGAUAAAAAAUAUUAUCACUGUUGAGGCGCAACAAGCUGUUGUAAACUAAAUUAUUUAGUAAGGAAAGGGAAGAGUAUCAACAUAUCAUUAGUGGUGCUGUUACAGAAUAUUUUAUUUACACGCUGAAUAACAUAUUUAACGAAUCAA